AUGACAUAUUUUCAACAAUGCUUAAGACUCUCGAAUUACUUCUUCGCCAUCGGGGUAACUCAGAUUCGCGCGGCACAUUGUUUUGAACUGAAAAAUAGCCCCACUGAAGUAAAACGGGAUUUGGAACCAAAAACACAUAAAGAAACUGUCCACAAUCAUUCGGCAGCUUCCGAAGAGCCCAUUGACGAAAACUAUGUAGAGAAGGAAGGCGAUACUUUUAAUGAGAAACAAGUUCACAAAGCUUUAGCUAGAGCAGUUUAUGUGACUGGCCAACCGCUGUCCAUAUUUGAACAUCCUUUGUGGAAACAAGCGCUUCAACUUCUAAGGGCAAAUUUUAACCCGCCUUCCCGCAAGAUGCUUUCGACAGUACUCCUUGAGGAAGAAUACGAAGACGUCAAACAAAAAGUCACAGAAAAAAUUGAAGACGCCAAUGAUUUGCAUAUAGCAGCCGAUGGCUGGACGAAUAUAAGGAAAGAUUCAAUCCUCAACAUUAUUAUUUACACACCGAAGCCAUAUUUUCACUCAUCGAUUGAUACCCAGAAUAAUCGACACACGGCAGAGUAUUUGUCUGAAAAGAUAAGCCAAACCAUGAACGAAAUCGGUUCUGAAAAGUUUCUUGGUAUCGUCACUGACAAUGCUGCCAACAUGAAGAAAUGCGGAAAGCUGUUGACUGACCAGUAUGAACACACCACUUGGGUUGGAUGUCUGGCCCAUACUCUAAACUUGUUGAUAGGCGAUGUGCUGAAAAUCGAUUCAAUUCAAGAAAGCUUCAAAUCAGUUAGCGCAGAAUUUAAAAAGAUAGCUCUCGAAAAAUCAUUGAAUGUCACGCUGUUGUUCCCCGUCAAAACGAGAUGGGGUAGUUAUCUACAUUGUUUAGAAAACUUUCUAAAAUCAAAAAGCAUACUUCAGACGAUGGUUGUCAAUGAAGACAACAGAGACCUACAAAAACAUAAAUUAAAAUUAUUAAGCGAGACUACUUGGCAAGAUGUCGCAAACCAAAUAACUUUUUUGAAACCGAUUGUCAAAUGGAUCACAAUCUUAGAAGGAGAUAGCUGCUCAAUCCAUCUGGUGCAUCGAGCUCUUGAAGAAAUAGAAGAAGAACUGGAAAGCGAUAAUUCAAAAAGUAUUUUUGAAGAAUUUCCUUUAAGAGAUUUGAAACUUAAAUUAAAAACCAGAAAAGAAAACUGCGUGAAACCUAUUCACCUUGCUGCAGUUAUUUUGGACCCAAAAAACCAGGGUGCUACUCUCAACGACGAUGAAUAUCUAGAUGGAUGUUCAACAAUAAUGACUAUAGCACAAUGUGACGCAACGCUUAUUCAGGAAUUAUCGGACUAUAAGUGCCGAAAAGAUAGUUGCAAAGAAAGUUCCCCGGAGAACAUUCCCGAGAACAUUCUGGGGAAAUUCUCGAGAGCAUUGAGAAUUUCCUCCUAG